GAUGAAUCAUGGCAACGGUUUUACAGAGCAGAACGACAUGUAAUUUGCUAGAAAGUGACUUAUCUGGCAACAGGACAAAGCCCCACCUUAUAGAGCUUCCCUUAAUAAAGCACAUCAUCUUCCUACGGUCCAAUAUACACUUGGUCUCGGUCUGAGGAGACACGACGCAGCCCAACAUGACGACCAAGAACGAUUCUGCUAAUGACACCAUACUAGAUAAGUACUUACCCUGCAACAACACCAACAUAAUGGCCUUCAGCAGAGUCUUCCUCCCUACACUCUACAGCAUCGUCUUCAUCGUGGGGUUCAUCGGCAACUGCCUGGUUGUUUGUGUCCUGGUCAAGUUCCACAAAAAGUCCAACAUGUCAGAUGUGUGUCUCUUCAACCUGGCGCUUUCAGACCUCCUCUUCCUUCUCUCAUUACCUUUCUGGGCUCACUACGCCCUCACCAGUCAGUGGACCUUCGGGAGCUUCAUGUGCCGUACAGUGACAGCGUUCUACAUGCUGGGAUUCUAUGGAAGCAUCUUCUUCAUGAUCCUUAUGACCAUUGAGCGCUACAGUGUCAUUGUCCAUACCCAGACCUCCCUGUUCUCUAAGCACCGGUCUGUCAGAGCUAGCAUAGCCCUGGUUUUGUUUAUGUGGACACUUAGCCUGGGAGCUUCUCUGCCCACCGUCAUUUGGGCACAAGUGAACAAUAAAUCAGAAGUAUGGACAUGCAGUUUGGAAUAUCCAAAAGGAACAAAGUGGAGGUCUUUCUCUUACAUGGAGUUGAACAUCCUUGUUUUAAUUAUUCCUCUGUCAGUGAUGUUGUUCUGCUACUCGCGCAUCAUCCCUAUCUUAAUGACCAUGAAGUCUCAGAAGAAACACAGAGCUGUCAGGCUCAUGCUGGUCUUGGUCAGUGUUUUCUUCCUCUUCUGGACACCUUACAACAUCGUCAUCUUCCUGAAAUUCCUGCAGUAUCUGGAUUACAUGAGCACUUGUAAGUGGUAUCAGGACCUGACCAUGGCUAUGCAGUGGGUGGAAACCAUAGCGUUCUGUCACUGCUGCAUCAACCCCAUCAUCUACGCCUUUGUGGGGCAGAGAUUCAGGAAUUUAUUUCUAAAGAUCUUGAAAUUGUGGUUUCCUUGUUGCUUUGGUCGCUGUACUACAACUGAAAGUGAGCUGUGAAGAGGACCAUUAGGUACUCCUCAGAGAUUUCUGGCACAAAGAUAAAACUAAAAGGUGGUUAAAACCAUUAUCACAUUUGUACUACUAUUAACUCUUAUUAUGCCUGGAUGGACAAUGUAGCCAUGUAAUGUGAAGACCUUAAUGAACACUGCGUUAUAAAAAUAAUAUAAUAUAUAAAUAAUAUAAAUGCUGUAUAAAUAAUAAAAAGAGUGAAUGAAACAAAUCCACAUCCAGCCAAUAAUUCAGCUUGUAUAUUCAUUUUAAAGGCUGCCAAGUGUGCAUGUUUUUUUCCAUGGAAGUUUAAAGUCAACUAAAUAACCAGUCAAACAGUUUACUUAAAGUCACAGAA